CCUUCAUUCGUAACAAACAGUUAUGUAGUCGGUUGCCUCGUUAACUCGUCUAGUUUUUCCUGUUUUGAAUGGCCAUGGCCAGUCUGAAAUAUAUGUUGUUGUACUCCACCAACGCGCUGAAGAUCAUUCAAAAGACACACGUCAUUUACACCAAGAGGGCGCUGUUCUUGCCCAGGCUGUCUCGCUUCAAACCUGCAGAUGGCAGGUUCAUAAACUUUGGCCGACAGUCAAGUUCUGCAGCUGCCAGAGCAGAGAAAGAGGGAGAAUCUUUUCUCAAAUGGUUCCUGCUUCUGAUUCCUGCCACAACGUUUGGCCUUGGGACAUGGCAGGUAAAACGACGAGAGUGGAAACUGCAGCUGAUUAAUGAUCUGAGAAGGCUUACCACAGCUGAGCCUAUUCCUCUGCCUACUGAUCCUUUUGAACUGAAUGGCCUAGAAUACAGAAGGGUUAAAGUGCGUGGGCACUAUGACCACUCAAAGGAGCUGUAUAUUUUGCCACGCUCACCAGUCGACCCAGAGAAAGAGGCCAGAGAGGCAGGCAGGCUGUCUUCCAGUGGAGAAGUAGGCGCAAAUGUCAUUACCCCGUUCCACUGUACUAGCCUUGGCAUCACAAUUCUGGUGAAUAGAGGAUACGUCCCAAAACUCAAGACAAGACCAGAGACGCGGAUGAAAGGACAGGUUGAAGGAGAUGUGGACGUUGUGGGAGUGGUAAGGCUGACAGAGACCCGCAAACCCUUUGUACCACAUAACGAUGUGGAGAGAAACCGCUGGCACUACCGAGACCUAGAGGCCAUGGCCAGUGUCACUGGAGCUCUGCCCGUCUUCAUUGAUGCAGACUUUGCCAGCACCAUUCCUGGUGGACCAAUAGGAGGACAGACCAGAGUCACACUGAGGAAUGAACACAUGCAGUAUAUAAUAACAUGGUAUGGACUGUGUGCUGCAACAUCUUACAUGUGGUAUGCAAAGUUCAUAAAAAAGUUAAAAUUGUGAAAGUUUUGUGUAUAAAAAAUAAAAUUAUUCUGUUCAGUCA